GUAGAUAAUGUCAGAGCUGCUGUCGCUUGUCUCGGCUAGGCUAGCUUCGACUCUGUGAAAAGAAGAGGGCGUCCUACACUUCGGAGGAAAACUAAAUAAACAAACAAACGAAAUGUCACGAAUAUAAAAAAUAAAAUAAAAAAGACCUGUCGCUUUAUAAGCAGCAAGGAGCUUAUUAAUUUCCCUCAUAGCCAAGGUUUGACCACAACACUGUGACGUCCCAUUUCAGGUCUUCAGUCUUUUUUGGGGGCUAACUUGAGCAUCAAAGCAGAUCUGUAUCUGCAGGGCAUUGGUCACCAGGAGGGAUAUUUAGAAUAAUCAUGAACGCCCACAAGUCAGACGUGCACACGAUCUCCCCAGAGCUGCCGGCCAUGUUCGACGGCAUGAAGCUGGCUGCGGUUGCCACGGUGCUCUACAUCAUUGUCCGCUGCCUGAACCUCAAGAGCCCCACAGCACCGCCCGACCUCACCUACCAGGACACUCCUCUCAACCGGUUCCUGCUCAAGUCCUGUCCUCAACUGACCAAAGAGUACAUUCCUCCCUUACUGUGGGGCAAGAGCGGUCACCUCCAGACGGCUCUGUACGGUAAACUUGGUCGGGUGAGUUCACCUCACCCUAGUGGAAUCAGGAAGUACUUACCCAUGCAGGACGGGGCCACUGCAACCUUUGACCUGUUUGAGCCAGUUGGGGACCAUCGAACAGGAGAUGACAUCACCAUGGUGAUAUGUCCUGGAAUUGGUAACCAUAGUGAGAAACAUUACGUUCGAACCUUUGUGGAUUACGCCCAGAAGGAAGGGUACCGCUGCGCUGUGCUGAACCACCUGGGAGCUCUUCCAAACAUUGAGCUGACCUCUCCACGCAUGUUUACCUACGGAUGCACAUGGGAGUUUGCCUCCAUGGUUGGCUACAUUAAGCGAACAUAUCCUCAGACCCAGCUGAUCGUGGUGGGCUUCAGUCUGGGUGGAAACAUUGUUUGCAAGUUCCUGGGAGAGAAUAUGACAAACCAGGAGCGAGUGCUGUGUUGUGUCAGCGUCUGUCAGGGGUACAGCGCUCUCAGGGCCCAGGAAACAUUCCUACAGUGGGACCAGUUCAGACGGUUCUAUAAUUUUCUCAUGGCAGACAACAUGAAGAAAAUCAUCCUCUCACACAGGCACAGUUUGUUUGGAGGAAGCUCCGUUAAAAGGUUAGAUGCAGAUUUUGGUCGGCUGUGGACAGCAACGUCCCUCAUGCAGAUCGACGACAACAUCAUGAGAAAAUUCCACGGCCACAGCUCUCUCAAAGAGUACUAUGAGAAGGAGAGUUGUGUCCAUUAUAUCCACAAUGUAAAGGUGCCAUUGCUGCUAGUGAACUCUGCAGACGAUCCUCUGGUCCAUGACUCACUGCUCACCAUUCCCAGGACAUUAGCAGCAAAGAAGCAGAAUGUCAUCUUUUCCCUGACGCUACACGGAGGCCACCUGGGCUUCUUCGAGGGUGCGGUGCUCUUCCCCCAGCCCCUCACCUGGAUGGACAAAGUGAUUGUGGGUUACGCCAAUUCCAUGUGCCAGUGGGAGAAACAGAAACCACCGUGCCUAAGUGGCCCCCUAAGUGAGAGCUCCUGCACAGAGGAAAAAGCAUAAACCUUUGUGUCACUCUCUCUCUCUCUCCUUCUCUCCCUCUCACCCUCUCCAGCCCCUACAGUCCCAGCACUGAGGAGACACCUGAACUGAACCUUAAACUCUUUUCUCUGCCUUCUCCUCUGGUGCUACCCAAAUUUCCCAUACACACCCACACAAACAAACAAUUCUCCACGCCUUCCCUCCCACGGUUCCCUUUGUAAUCACCGUCACCUUACAGUAUGUGAAGGAACACAAACAACUAACUGCCUUUGUGCUCUUUUCCGUUGGGAAGACUUUGAAUUCAAAGCAGGAACAGUUUCUUUCUCCGCGUGUACACGACAAAGAUCCUUGGCAAAUGGAGGUUUUGACCAAAUAUGACAAACAUUAAGUCAAACUGGCAUUGGAAAGAAAGUGAGAGCACCACUUUAGAGUAGUCCAGUGAAAAACAAGAGCACACAAGAAGCCUCCUUUAACUUUAAACAAGGACUGUGCUGCAGCCGGUGCCUACUUACUGCACCUGUAAGAAGCUCACUGCUUAUCACCGCCAAGGCCAUGUAGCCUAGUCUGUUGUCUUAACCAACACAGCGUCUUUGUAGUAUGUAUGUGUAACUCACAAAUCUAGUGUGUGUGUGUGUGUGUGUGUGUGUGUGUGUGUGUGUGUGUGCCUGUGUAGACCGAGAGUUAAAGACCUGUGAUGGAGCAUGUGAUUUUUGUGUUUGGUAGGUGUGAUCCAAAUUCUCUCUUGGUGGUCUUAUGGCCCCCUUCAUGUCUGUUGUUUUGUAGAAAAAUGUAGAAUAGAGAAAUUAAGUAUUACAGUGGGAUUCGACACAUUAUUUCAGCUCAUAACAUCCUCCUGGCACUUGUGUUUGGCACUUAAAAGGAAAGUGUACCAGACAUGAGCAGGGAUCAACCCCAGAAGGGAACCAUGCACAUUCCCACAGUCGCAUUCUAUCACUUUGAUUUAAUGCACUUUACACCCCCUUUUCCUUUUUUUGUUCCCUUAUUAUUUAAAGCGCAGGCAAGGAGAUUGUUGAUGGUUUACCUCUCCUUGUCACCCAUAGAAAGAACUGGUAGGAGCAUGGAUGAUAACGCAAAGUUAGAUGACUCUGAUGUUCCCUGUGUGGUCUUUUGUCCAUGUCUUUGAGCCCCCUUACUCUUUGAUCUGCCUUUGAUCAGCUGAGGGUCCAGCCACGUCUCUGAUAUCACUCUCCUACUGCACAGACACUGACCUAGUACUAGCUAGCCCCUGAGUGGUUGAGGAUAGCCUCUGCUGCUGCUCAAAGGCUGGUACACAUUAAAAAAAAAAUACCUCAUUAGGUGUUAACAUCUCAGUUCACUUUAGUAUUUUUUCCUUGCCAAUGAUUCUUUGGUGUCUGAUUUGGGGAAAAUGCCCUCGGCUGUUUGGUUGAUGUAGGGCCCUAUUUCAAAGGGAGUUCAGCAGCGUGUAGCAGUUCAUUCUCUCGUUACCUGAGCUGUGAGGUGUGAUGAGUAAGAGUGCUCAGAAAUGCUCAACCAAAUGUUUAUUUUAGUGGAAUGUUUGUCAAAUACUGGUAAUUGUGUAAUAAGAUCGAGGGCAAUGCAUGCAGAAGAGAUUUGGCAAAAGGGAAUAUUUUAUUUUAAAGAUGGUAUCUCUUGUUUUCUUUUCUGGGAUGAGCUGAGCUUUGAAGCUGCAGCAGCACAGCAGGGUGGACUGGAGGAACACUGCAGUGACUUGUAGAAAUCCAUCUCAAACAUGUCUAGAUUAAAUCAUACUGCAAUAAUGGGACCUAUAGACUUUUUAAAAACCGGAAUCUGUCAGAGAGCUUUGAUGUAAGGGCUUAGGAAGCUUCUUCCAGUCCUGCCAAGUAAAUCUGUAUUCUGAAACACUGUGACGAAACAGAUGGAUGGUUUGAAAUGAUGAAAGAAUAUCAGAGAAUUGACAACCACCUCUGUUGUGAGGCAUUUUAGGUUUUUUUCAAGACCUGGGUUUCAUAGUAUUUUGAAGUAGUAGUGAGAUGCAGGAAGUCUAGCAUUCUAGAAAAAGUCAUAUAAUGGACCCCACACUUCCAGAAAACUGUAGAACCGUAAAAUGAUGAGUUGGUAUAAAGAAGGCUCUGAGUCAUCGUGGCUGAAGGAUGAUUUUGAUUUUGAGCAUUCAUAUUUUUUGUUAACCUCUAAAAAAAAAAAAAAAAAAAAUGUGGGAUAAAAUUUGAGAGAAUGAAAUGCUGCAGCUAACAAUGACAAACGACAAAAGACACAAAAGAGCAUCUCAGAACCUAAAGUUACAUCUUCAAUUGCCAAAAACAUUUCCUCUCCUUAGUGGCAAAAACAGGAGCAAAUCUUUGUAUUUAAGAAGACUGAACUAGCAAGCAAACAUUUCACAUUUUUUACUCUGAAUAGAGACAAAAUCAUAUUCUGUCAUUUUUUUCUCUUGAUCAAUAUAUCCAUUAAGUAACUAACCAUUUCAGCACUAACACUUUAUUACACAGAUUAUUAGCAUUUAUGAAAAUUAAUUUGGUUUUACUCUGGCGACACACUUGACACUUGAGACGUAAAUGGCUUAACUUUAUCCUCCCUUUGUGGAGAUUGUUCUGUGAAAAUACAAUUGGGUCCGGUUAUUAAUCACAGCAUGCUGACUCGGCUUUCAUUUAAAAAAAGGGAUUUACCAUACAAUGUAAUCCCUUUUAAACUAAGGAGAUACAGUAUGUAACUUCCUGAUCCAAUCACGAUGCCUCGUUUUCCCCCCAACAUCCAAAUCUGUAAACCUCACUGUAUGAAACUAAUUGGAAUCUUAUUUUUCUAUGGACCUGUUAGGUUAAAAGAAAAUCUGCAUUAAAUUACGAGGCUGACAGCAAAGAUCUACCUUUUAUAGGCUGUCGGUCAUCCUGUGUCCCACAAACCAAAUGUCACUAUCGCCAUCUGUUGUCAGAAAGACCUAACAACAACUGCCAGGCAUUUAUGGCCAACAUCUGCCCUGAGAUGAUACAGUUCACGGUUCAGUGUCCGCAGCUCUCUGUUAAAGAAAGAUCAGGUGUGGUUUGGAUUUAUUCUGACUCAUAGGAGAAAUGAGCUGAACAAUGACAACACCAGCACAAACCCAGUGUCCGCAGUGAGAGCCAUUUGUGUUCUUUUUCUUUUUUUUUAGAUGUUUGCCUCCCCCCAACUUUGCACAAAAAUGCAGGUUUGGAUGUAUAAUUUGGAUGUAUUUUUUUACAUUUGAUUAUUUGGGGUAUCUUUUUUGUAUUUUGUACUGUUAUGCAUUUUGGGUCUUGUAUUAUUUACAUGUGCAAACGCAUCAGAGUGUGAGUGUUGAUGAGUAAACAUACAGUAAGUGUAUACUGUGUCAUGUCACCACUUCUGAUCAACAAAAACCAAAACGUCUUCACUUUAACUCUACAAAGUCUAAAAAAAAAAAAAA